GCCGGAGGGGCGGUGUCAGUGUGAGCCUGUGCAGGUGCGCACAGGUGCGCAGUCAGGAUGCAGCGUCCUCCCGUUAUUCACGCGUAAAGACGCUCGCUGUGUUUCCCACGAUGGACGUGCGCAAACACAUCGGCGGCUGCCUGCUGCUGUUCGUCCUCGCCGUCGUCUUCGACGUCACCGGCUUCAUCGUGCUCUUCGUGGGCAUCUUCGCCAACGUGCGCCUCGACGGCCGCUUCUACGGGGACUUCUUGAUCUACACGGGCUCGAUCGUCAUCUUCAUAAGCCUGGCCUUCUGGCUCAUGUGGUACGUGGGCAACAUCCAGAUGUCCGAGCGCUACCACGACCCUUACGACAAGAACAGCGUCGUGGAGCGACUCGCGAGGACCUUGUCCAGGAAGAUGAGCCAGAAGCCUGGAGGAACCGCGAGGAGCCUGAAGGACGUGGACGGCAGACGACGUCCCGUGGACCCGACGCCUCCACACAAGGCCAGCAGGGUGACGUGGGGCAAAAACUCAGCCUUCCACAACCACGGGUUCGAGGGGGAAUCCAUGGAUUCACCCACUGUGGAGAAGAAGCUGGAGAAAUCAGAGAGCAACGAAGAGGAGAAGCUGCCACCUUCAGACAUGAUGGAUAUUUGAGUCCUGAGACGAAAGAAGACAUUUUGGAUCAUUUCCAGGUUGAUUUUUUUUAUCAAAUAUUUGGAAAAGAAACUUGUUUCUUUUUGUCAAGAUUCUCCAAAAUCAACUUUAAGUUGCACUAUAACUGUUUACAUGAUAUCAUGGAGGAUCAGUUCAGAGUCUGAGCCAAAGAAAAUUUUUAUGUUUAUCAUUAAUAGACCAAUAUUUAAUACUUAAAGUGCCCACUAAACCAAUGAGUCCCAAAGAUGUGGGUCGGGGCCCACAGAUAGGUCGUGGGAGAGGUUUUUUGGGCCCCCAAAAUGAAGUUUUAAUUAAUUUGCCAAAGAUUUAAGACCAAUUAAUUACAAUAUGUGUCAGAGAUAUGGGUGUUAAUGAGUCUCUAUAUUUUGUGUUGAUUUUAAAUCUUAUUUUUAUAAUUUGGGCCAUUUUUGAAAAGUGGAAACACUUGUAUGAAACCGUCAGAUGUAACUUCCUAUUAUUGGCAACACUGUGAUUUGACAGCAGACACUUUUGAAACAUCAUUCGUUAGAUGGCAAAGUGAAAAAAACAAACAUUAUCAAGAAUAUCGAUCGCAGAAUAAUCACAGUGGUGCAAUUAAAAAAAGCAUAAAAAGGUGAUCACAGGAAAUCAAAAAGAGGGCCUAUUAUAAUAAUAUUAAUAACAGCAAAUAAAAUAAACAAGAUAAUGACAAGAAAGUUUAUACAUACUAUAGUAGUAUGACAAUAAUACUUACACCAAUAAAAGUAGUGUAAUUAAAUAGUGUAAACAAACGUAAAGUAAUAUAUCAUUUAAAAUAAUCCAAACAUU